ACAAGGAACAAAAAAGAUAGGAGGCUUUUGUCCUGCCAACAUCGUUUCUACACGAACUAAGCACAGUGAUGGUACUUGUUCAUUGUCAAUUUUAUACACGUCAACCCAUGUUGGGCAUACUGUAAAUGACGAAUCUCAAGUAGCCCACAUGAGAAUACCCAUCAAAGAUAGGAACGAAAUUGCCUCGAAAAUUGCAGCAGGAGUUCCGUUCCGCAGGUUGCAGCAGGACUUGAAUGAAAGAAUGCAGGAAGAAGAAUUCACAAGUAAUAAGUUACUUUUAGCAACAAAUGAUGAUUUUAGAAACAUCUCUAAAGCAUUCAACAUUGGAAAUGCGAAUUCCACCAUUGAUACGGAUAUGGAGGAUGUUGAAAAAUUUCUGAAUGAAAACGAGGAAUUCGUUUUAUUUUCAAAAAAACAAAAGGAAACUGUUGACGAGUAUCCGGAAUUGGAAAAAGAUGAUAUUCUGAUUGUUCUGAUGUCUGGAACCCAAAAAAAACUUCUUCAAGAAUUUGGUAAAAUGAUAUGCAUGGAUGGGACCCAUGGGAUUAGCCCAUAUGGGUUUGUGCUGCACACUAUCCUCGUAAUUGACGAAUUCCAGGAAGGUAUACCAGCAGCUUUUGCCAUUUCAAACAAAAGCGACUUACCAACGAUGAAGGCAUACAUAUCGAUUGUGAAGAAGGCAGUUGGGGUAAUUCAAAGUCAAGUUAUAAUGAGUGAUAUGCAGCCAACAUAUGCCAACGCGUGGCAGGCAGUCAUGGGUCCAGCUGAGUUUGGGUCAUUUUAUUGUACAUGGCACGUCCGCGAGGCAUGGCGGAAAAAUCUUAAGAAAAUCGCAGAUAAAAGCACACGAAAGGAGGUCUACAACGAUCUAAUGGCUGUGUCAUGUGAGCGAAGUAUUGCCGAUUUCUCCACAAAAUUGGAAAAUUUUUUAGAUAAGUAUACUGCAAUUGAUGGAUGCAACGAUUUUAUAGAAUACUUCAAAUCCAAUUAUUAUAAUUCCCAGGAGCAGUGGGCUUAUUGCUAUCGUUUCCACAUUGGUAUAAAUACAAACAUGUAUUUAGAAGCUUUUCACAAGAAACUAAAAUAUCACAUUGGCGAUACAAAAAAGAUACGACUUCUGUUUUUUGGUCUAAAUCUGUUGAAAACUUGUAUCUUACAAUUAUAUCGCGAAAGAUUACGCAAAAAAUUUAUUGGAAAACUUUCUUUCAAGUUGAGGAACUUGAGAGCUCGCCAUAAAGAAGCUUUAAAAAGUGCUGAAGAGUUUGUGGUGUCAACUUCGGAUGAAAAUGCCUGGCAUUAUAAGAAUGGAAAACAUACAUUGAUGAAAAAUUUUAAUGAGUGCCCAGAAACUACAUGCCGUUUGAAAUGUGACGAAUGCCUGGUAUGCAUUCAUCAAUUUAUGUGUACAUGUGAGGACGCAUCUAUUCGAGGGAAUAUGUGUAUACAUGUACACAUAUUGUGUCGAAGUAUAAUGAAAAAUGCCGCAGCGCCAAUACCGCCAUCCCUUCCUGCUGAUGAAAGUAGAACUGAAAUUAGAACCAGUACUACUGAGGAGAUCAAUGAACUGAAUGAACCAUCAACUUCCAAGUCCAAAGUUCGAAAUUUGCGGCUCACGCCAGAAAUGAAAACUGAAUAUGAGGAAAGAUUCAGAAAUAUUUUAAAUUCUGACAAUGCAGUUUUGAUCGCCGAUGUCCGAAAGAAAUUAAAAUGCUGGGAACUGCAGUCCCAAAAAAAGAAGUUUUUAAAAUCAAAGUUGACUGGGUUCACCGUAAAUAAGGGUCGCGGAAAAAUAUCAAAACAAAAACGAUUUUUCGCAACUAACAAAAAAUUCAUAAAAAAUAAGAAAAAAUCUCGAAAUACUAAAGUUGUUUAGUAAAAACUUAGAUACCUAUGUAAUUUUUGAUUUUUUUAAAGAAGUUUCAAUUUUUUUUAAAAUUGCGUUAUUUUUGAAUUUUCAACUGGAAAGUUGGAAAGUUCCGAUUUUUUUCUAAUUUUUAAAUGUGUAAUUAGUUUAGUUUUCUAUCAAGUAUCCGUAUUCUAGAUACCUGUAUUUUAAAAUUUUAUACUACUUUGUAAUUCUUUAGAUGGGAAAAUCAAAAUGUUUCAACUUUGGCUUCAUGUAGAAUGAAGGAUAGAAUUAGAAAUAUUACGGUGAAUCUAUUGGCGUAUUCGAUUAUUUACGUAAUAAAAAUUUGGUUCAAAUAAUUUUUUUUACACGCAAACAUAGUCAGACACGUAAAAAAAAAGCAAAAAAAAAACGUGAAAAAAAAACAUCGUGUGACAGAACAGAGAACACGCAGGAAACAACUUGGAACGGGACACGAACUCACCAAUGCACAAAUAAACGAAAGAUACGAAUGAAUGAACGAACGAACACGAACUACAGAGAAAAAAACGAGAGCCACAAAAACACAGCUCUCGCGGUGAUAUUUACGGUUUCGUUCCGUAGCUAAAUCACUGCCGAAGUAUUUCGAAAAUACCCGAUCAGUUCCGAACGUUUCACGUGGAAAUUGAACUUCCUUCUCGGCUUCACCAUAAUUUUUUUGGGCAAAAUUACAAUCAAAAUGUCGAUAAUUCACCAAACAAAGCAACACAUUUAAAAUUAAACUUUUAUUUCACAUUACGGAUACGAGUUAAAACUUAAAAAUUAAUUCACAGCAGCAUUACGAUUUCACAGAAAAUCACAAUAGUAAUGAUAGUUGAAAUAUUUGCUAAAAAUAAUAUGCAUUUAGAAAAGAAAUAAUUCUCAAAAAGAUCACAAAAAUUCGAUACAGCAGAAAAACGUGUCCGUUGUUCGGAUCAUCCGGGUGUCCGAUUAAUUGCGGUACCUUUUUUGGUUUCUUGAUCACCUUUUCCCGAAAAAUAUCAAGUCCGACAGAACGUUGUUCAAUGCGCUUCAACGAUUAUUCAAUAAUUCGUGUAAUAAAUAAAACUACAUUUUGUACGACUUGCUUUAAC